GUGCCUCCAGUGCCAAACUACAAGCUUUCCAUGUCAAUCCCGGAAUGGCUUCAGGCAAUACAGACCUACAUGAAGAUGCUGCAAUACAAUCACACGGGAACACAGUUCUUCGAGAUUAGAAAAACCAGACCUCUAAGUGGGUUAAUGGAGACAGCAAAAGAAAUGACCAGGGAAUCAUUACCUAUCAAAUGCCUUGAAGCAGUUAUCCUGGGGAUAUACUUAACGAAUGGGCAGCCCUCUGUGGAACGAUUCCCCAUCAGCUUUAAAACCCACUUCUCAGGGAACUAUUUUCAUCAUGUGGUGCUCGGGAUUUACUGCAACGGCCGGUACGGCUCGCUGGGCAUGAGCAGGCGAUCAGAUCUGAUGGACAAACCUCUAACUUACCGAACUCUUAGCGACCUCAUCUUUGAAUUUGAAGACUCCUAUAAAAAGUACUUGCAUUCAGUCAAAAAAGUAAAAAUUGGAUUAUAUGUCCCACAUGAGCCGCACAGCUUUCAGCCCAUUGAGUGGAAGCAGCUGGUCCUCAACGUAUCCAAAAUGAUGCGCACAGAAGUCAGGAAAGAGCUGGAGAAAUUUGCCAGGGAUAUGAGGAUGAAGAUUCUGAAACCCUCAAGUGCCCAUUCUCCGAUGAAAGAGAGAUCACGGGGUAAGUCGUUGUCCCCUCGCCGAAGGCAAGCCAGCCCUCAGAGACGGGCGUGCAGAAGAGACAAAUCGCCUGCCAUGGUGGACAAGAAAGGAGACCUGGCCACGCUCAAUGAGGUAGGCUACCAGCUCCGCAUCUAACAAAGCCAUACGCCGCACAGAGGG